UCCUCUCGGUCAAGUCCAGCAAAGCCUGUAAUGUCAAUGAGUCUCACGAAACUAAGACAGCAAUUUAGAAAUGAUCCAAUUGUUUAGCUAACGAGAUAUAUAUAUUUAUACAUUCGGUGGAGAAAUGUAUUUACUCAAGCAAAUAGCUAUUGCAGCAAUAUAGCUACUUAGACAAUAAGUUCACAUUUCUGGAAUAUUUCCAAAGAUCUUUGUUUUGAAAAAACGAUUAGCUUGCUGGCUAGCGAAGUUACCAGUGAAAACAACUGUUAUAAGGCUGUAUUCGGGACGUCUGAGAGAAACAAACUGUCAGCUACAGCAAGGUUAUCAGUUGUUUCCUGGGCGAGGACAAGACAAGUGCUACAACUUUCUGCAUCAGCUCUUCGUGCUGAGCCAGGCCUCAACCAUGGCAGGUGAUCUGCGUGGUGUAGCAGGGCAGGCCAAGACUCUGAAGCCUCAGCGCUCCCUCCCUGGGACGCCCGUCACUAACCCACUCAAACACUUCCCCAUCGACCUGCGUACAUCCAUGGACGGAAAGUACAAGGAGAUUGCAGAGGAGCUGUUCACUCGCAGCCUGACGGAGAGUGAGAUGCGCACCGCUCCUUAUGAGUUCCCUGAGGACAGCCCCAUCGAGCAGCUGGAGGAGAGACGCCAACGCCUGGAAAGGCAGAUCAGCCAGGACAUCAAGCUUGAGCCAGAGAUCCUGCUCCGCGCCAAGCAGGAGUUCAUGAAAAUCGACAGUGAUGCCGACCUGGAGUUGAUGAAUCAGGAGGGUGGUGUGGACAGGACCGAUGAUGGCUGGAUGAAGGAGAGAGUAUUACCAAUGGAGCGAGAGUACCAGCGUGUGUCAAUAUCAGGGGAGGAGAAGUGUGGGGUGCCCUUCACAGACCUGGUGGAUGCAGCUAAGUGUGUGGUGAAGGCCCUGUUCAUCAGGGAGAAGUACAUCGCUCUGUCCAUGCAGAACUUCUGUAAGACCACUGCCCGUGAGCUGGGGGAGCUGGGAGAGAAACCCCUGGACCUACGCAUCUAUGAGGAGAUCCCUGAGACCCCUGUUGAUGCAGAUGCUCCAGUCCACCCCCCUGUCUCAGAGACUCACCCCUAUGAAAACCAGGUCACCAAGAACAUGCCUGCAGACACAGGGUACAGCUGUAAGAUGGUGGAUGGGGUCAUGCAUGUCUACACCAAGAAGAGCACCAUGGAGAAGAGUACAGAGUUGGACCUGCCCUACCCAGACCUGAAGGAGUACAUCGCUGACAUGAAUGUCAUGAUGGCUCUCAUCAUCAACGGACCAGUGAAGUCGUUCUGCUACCGCCGGCUGCAGUACCUCAGUUCUAAGUUCCAGAUGCACAUUCUGCUGAACGAGAUGAAGGAGUUGGCAGCCCAGAAGCAGGUUCCUCACCGCGACUUUUACAACAUUCGCAAGGUGGACACCCACAUCCACGCUUCAUCCUGUAUGAACCAGAAGCACCUUCUGCGCUUUAUCAAGCGGGCCAUGAAGAAGUACCCUGGGGAGAUAGUCCACAUGGAGCAUGGGCGGGGACAGACCCUCAUGGAGGUGUUUGAGAACAUGAACCUGACCGCCUUCGACCUGAGUGUGGACACACUGGACAUGCACGCGGACCGCAACACGUUCCAUCGCUUCGACAAGUUCAACGCCAAAUACAACCCCAUCGGAGAAUCCAUCCUGAGAGAGAUCUUCAUCAAGACAGACAACCACAUCGAGGGCAAAUACUUUGGCCACAUGAUCAAGGAGGUGAUGGCUGACCUAGAGGAGAGUAAGUACCAGAACGUGGAGCUGCGUCUGUCCAUCUACGGCCGCUCCUGGGACGAGUGGGACAAGCUGGCCCAGUGGGCCGUCAAACACCAAGUCUACUCUGACAACGUGCGCUGGCUCAUCCAAGUACCCCGCCUCUUUGAUGUGUACCGAACCAAGAAGCAGCUGGCUAACUUCCAGGAGAUGAUGGAGAACAUCUUUAUGCCUCUGUUUGAGGUCACCAUCAACCCCCACAGCCACCCUGAGCUGCACCUCUUCCUGCAGCACGUGGUGGGCUUUGACAGCGUGGAUGACGAGUCCAAGCCGGAGCACCACAUCUUCAACAUGGACAGCCCCCUGCCAGCCGACUGGACAGAGGAGGACAACCCUCCCUACUCCUACUACCUCUACUACACCUACGCCAACAUGACCGUGCUCAACCAUCUGCGCAGGAGGCGUGGUUUCCACACGUUGGUGCUGCGCCCUCAUUGCGGGGAGGCGGGGCCUGUCCACCACCUGGUGUCUGGUUUCAUUCUGUCAGAGAACAUCUCCCAUGGGCUGCUGCUCAGGAAGGCCCCAGUGCUGCAGUACCUCUACUACCUGGCUCAGAUUGGCAUCGCCAUGUCCCCCCUGAGCAACAACAGCCUGUUCCUCAGCUACCACCGCAACCCCCUGCCUGAAUAUCUGGCCAGAGGCCUUAUGGUCUCUCUGUCCACUGAUGACCCCCUACAGUUCCACUUCACCAAGGAGCCCCUGAUGGAGGAGUACAGCAUCGCCACACAGGUGUGGAAGCUGAGCUCCUGUGACAUGUGUGAGCUGGCCAGGAACAGUGUCCUCAUGAGUGGCUUCUCCCACAAGGCAAAGAGCUACUGGCUGGGGCCCAAAUACAGCAAGGAGGGCCCUGAGAGCAACGACAUCCGUCGCACCAACGUCCCGGACAUCCGCGUGGCAUACCGCAGUGAGACCCUGCUGGAGGAGCUCAACCUCAUCACCCACGCUGUGCACACCAAGGAGCUGGACAACAUCGAUGAGGAAGACACCCUCUCCAUGGCCCCCGUUGGGGCAGAAGGACACUAAAUCAACAACCAAUCAACGACUGUGCACUCAUCUCUCAGCUCUCUUGUACUAAAGCCAAGGAUACAAUGCUCCCUGAGUGGCCCCAUUUCUCUGUUGGUGAUGGGGGUGGUCAGUAUGGACUCAUGUUCCAGUCCCCCCUUCUCCCUCAACCCAGGUUCCCCUCUUCAACUCUCUCUGUUGGUGAUGGGGGUGGUCAGUAUGGACUCAUGUUCCAGUCCCCCCUUCUCCCUCAACCCAGGUUCCCCUCUUCAACUCUCUCUGUUGGUGAUGGGGGUGGUCAGUAUGGACUCAUGUUCCAGUCCCCCCUUCUCCCUCAACCCAGGUUCCCCUCUUCAACUCUCUCUGUUGGUGAUGGGGGUGGUCAGUAUGGACUCAUGUUCCAGUCCCCCCUUCUCCCUCAACCCAGGUUCCCCUCUUCAACUCUCUCUGUUGGUGAUGGGGGUGGUCAGUAUGGACUCAUGUUCCAGUCCCCCCUUCUCCCUCAACCCAGGUUCCCUCUUCAACUCUCUCUGGGUAGCCCCUUUUUUUCCUCUCUACUUCUUUUGACUCCUCCCUAUCUCUCUAAUGCUCACUGUGAGAUUUCAAUCAGCACGGCCAAGGUUGGCAGGGGGAACAUCCAGUGCUUGGAUUAUUUUCUAAUACACAUAUGGGAGGAGAGAGACUGUAGCCUGAAGUUUUUUUUUCACCUCAUCUGUUCUUCGAUCAGUUCCUGGAUCACUUUUUCUGUCACUUUGAUCUCCUGACCCUUCAAACCAAUACUUCUGCCCUUUGCUUUGUCAUGUGACCCUGCAUGAGAAAAAGGGUCCCACAGUUCAGCCUGUGAUUUGUUGGCAUGUUUGUACCCAUCACCUAAAUUACACACACACACACACACACACACACACACACACACACACACACACACACACACACACACACACACACACACACACACACACACACACACUGCACAGUUUAGCCGUCCUGAAAGCUGCUCCUCUUCCAUCACACAGUCGUGCUGCCUAAGCUCAUCUAGUUUAAUAUCUUCACAAUGAAGUAGGGAAGCAGAUACAACUUAACAUAAAUAUUAUGAGGGUGUUUGUUGUCCAUGGGUCGCCUAACCUACACAACAUGGACACACCUAAACAAUGCAUAGGUGAAUGUUCCACCCCACAUUGUUCCAACACCCGUUGCGCACUGAUAGGAACAGUCACAUGUAACUUAAAGUUUCAUGGAAACCGCAGUAACAAACUUCUAAUGUAUGGACGUACUGAGUUAAGAAAAAUGGAGAAAGGACCAAAUCUGUGUGGCCUAGAAGCAGAAGUCGUGCACAAUUCCAGUCUGUCUGCUGCUGGGUAUCUGAUGGCUUUCAUCCUUCUCUGUGCUUCUGGAAGGUUGUAGGGAUUUAUUGGCUAAAUGAGUCCUCUCGGCCGGUCUCCCUGAUCUAAGUCAGCUCUGAAUGAAAUAGCAGGCAGGACAUUCAGCAGAGAAACGGCAGCAGCCAUCAGGGCAUGGAGCUGUGUACCUGACUGGUCUAGUGCAAACAUUCCAUUAAAUUAAUAUUAAUAUCAAUGUUAUUUUUAUUUAACAAGUCACAUUAGUUAUAGAAUAUGCAGACAAAAAGAGUAGAUGUAUACUAUUCCAUGAUGUGUACAAUAUACUAAAUAUCUAAAAAGGAUAUAGAUACAUGUGUGUAUAUCUAAAGAAGCGGUACAUGUCUGUGUAUAUCUAAAGAAAAUAUAUCAGUCUGGUAGUGGAUGCUUAGAGGUGUGUAUGAUAAGAGAUGUUAAACCACAGCUUUGUUUUCCAAGCACAAGUCAAGAAGAAUGUCAGGGGGGCUCCCCUGUCCCCUUCCAAUUACCUCAACACUCAGUGUGUGUGUGUGUGUGUGUGUGUGUGUGUGUCGCUCCCACACCCCUUGGAGACCAGGACAGACCCCGGGGACUGACCUCUGGGCCCACUAUGUUAGUUAUUGCAUGCAGUGUCCUGUAUGCACCAAACCAGACAGGUGAAGGCCUUACCUCUGCUAGCCUGUCACUCUCCGUUUUCAUGCCCUGCCGCAACGCCUCACUCCUCAUCAACCAUAACACCUUUCCUCUUCAAGCUUAAGCAUUUUUGCUGUCCUAACAUCAAGGAACUGAUACCAGGCUGCGUGCUGUAUGUUAAAGUACUUUAUCCUUUAUCUACCCAGGCCUUCCAGUGAAGUGGAAGAAGCGUUUUUAGCAAUGCUCUGCUUUGCCUGCAUUUCCACCGUGCAUCUGAUGUUGUGCAUGUCUGCAUGGACCACUGUGUGGCCACGGGUGUGUCUGGGAAGCUGGUUAAAGUGCUCUGUAAUGUGAAAAAGCAACACAUGACAAUCCAAGGAAGCUGAACAACUUAUGUAUGAAGUAUGUGUGCAGUCAAUGAUUGUUGUUAGUUUGAGUUCUGCAAAACAAACUCAAAUCCAGCUCAUCACUAUGGCAACGCCCAAACGAUGGGGAGACAAAGUUGCUUGGUUGUUAUCAGCAUCAAAUGAACUCACCCCCAUCAGUCAUGGUUUUCGUGGUCACCAAAACAGAUGUGAUGUGUACCAUAGAGAUCCUAUUGUAAUUCCUAAUUCUAUGUUCUGUAAAUUCACCCCCAUCUCACCCAACGAGCCUUUUCCUCAUCGGACCUCUUCUGUGAUUCAAACUGUGGGAGUUCUAUUUGUACAGUCAUAUUAUUUGCCAAGACUGUUAACUACUGGGCCCUAGUUGUCAACUGUUCACCACGCAUUGCAUACCAUUACCUACCAGCCCAUUUUAAAAACCUAAGUGUGACAAAAGCCACACAAAAUAUACGAGUAAAUGUUUGAGAAACCAGAUAAGGACAAGCUGAACAUGGGGAUGGAUUUAAUAUAUAAAGUGUAUUUUUUUAAAGGCUAUGGAAAUAAAAGGUUUAUAUAAACAGUAUAUCAAUAUCUAGAUCACAAACUUGAAGUUUCGUUGCUGUAGAUCAUUUUAAACUGCCCUUGUUUAAGCAGAAAGAUGUAUUUUGUCAUAUUAUUAUUGGCCUUGUCUUUCACCAGAUUUACAAUGGGACUUAAUAUUUCCAUGUAUAUUCUUUUAUUAUUUAGUAUUUGAAUCGUUUUUCUGGUGUUCUUGUUGUGUUAGGACUGUUGAAGUGUUCCAUGUAGCUCUCCCUCAGUGGAGUAUUGAGUGAUGUUGAUCAAGUUAACUAGGGUUAUUUGGAGGGGCCUUCUUCAAUGGUAGGACCCAGAGCCAUAAUGGGUAAGUGCCUAGAGCCAUGGGUAAGUGCCCAGAGCCAUGCCUAUGUAAUCUGGCUGUACAUUCACACCUAAACACCCACUCAAACACUGUAAUCCUUCCCACAGACAUACAGCCAUAGACUGGAACACUGUUUCUCUUUGAUUGAUCCAAAGAGGGCUUUAAAAAACAAGCAACCGUUUAGUACAACUUUUGAUUUGAUUCUUUGAAGUCGUAUUUUGCAGGGAAUUAGAGGAUGCAUGUAUGAUUUGAAGGGUUUGUGUCUCCUCAUGUGGAGUAGGAUGUGUGUAGUUACUUGAUAAACGAUCAGACAUCCAUGUUUAGAUCCAGGUGUGGCUCACUGAGGGACCCAACAACUUCGUUGACCUUUACCUUUUCAUUUCCGUCUGUCCAUUUCAGAUUGUCCAUCAGAGUUCACAGAUGUGUUCUUUCAAAACCUCACUAACUCCUGUUGUUGGUCUCCAUCUGUAAAAUGAGUUUAGUUUCUUUGCUUGUUUAUAAACUACAAUGCUAGCGAACCUGUUGGUUCUACUGGUACAAUAGACCAUACUUUAUCAAGCUUCACUAAGGACUGACAUAUGUAUUUCUGUUCCAAUUGAAAGCACACAAACAAAGUUGGAAGAAAUAAGUAAAAUGCUGUUUGUUUUCUUGCACUGUGUUCAGUAGUGAAAAGAGUCUUGGGCAGUAGUGAUAUACAGUGUGUUGUCAUCACAGAACACAAACCAAUUAAUCAGUCAAUUAUCACACUUCGAGUUUUGUUUUUUGUUCAUUUGAUUUUCUCAUUGCAAAAUCACAUAUUCUUUUCACUUCAUUAUGUUUAAUACAAAGAGUUUGUUGACUUGUUUUGUGCCUCCAUUCAUUCAUUCAUUGUUUGUUUUAGACAUUUGAAUGUUUUUCCAUGAAAGGUUCUCUGCACGCGUUUUAUUAUUGACAUGGUUGUCUUUCAUUUGUUUGUCUAUUGUAGUCACUAUCAUGACUUUAAAUGAAUGCCAAUGUUUUACAUUUACUCAAAUGCUUCUGAUGCGGUACAUGUGUAACGUCUGAAAAAUGAAAUAAAGCAUGUUUAUUCAUCUAA